AUGGCCCAUGGCAGCAGUCUGGACCACGCAUGCCUACCCAGGCAUCAGGGCAGGCGGGGUAGGGUGCUGCCUUGUCCGCCUCCGAGGCUGGCCCAGAGCAGUGCUACUGCUCGGCCCCAGGCCGGUGACAGGGAUGCCAGAAAACCUCAGAGUGAGAACAACCCCAGCCGUUUUGUACAACGCUUCCAUGACUCGGGCUGGGGCAGCGGGGACGGGCAGGCAAAGCCGAGCCGGCACCGGCAACCCCCCGCUCCAGCGACGGCAUCUUGGGGCUCUGUGCGCUCCCCGCCAUGCCGCCACCAAAUGGCCGCCCACCAGUUGCAACAUCAGAAGAUGCAUGCGAAGCACCUUGGCUGUGAAUCAAUGCAUAUGGAGAUGGUUCUUGUUCUCAUUGCAACCUUGGUUGUUGCCCAGAUUGUGCUUGUUCAGUGGAAGCAAAGACACUGUCGAUUGUACGAUUUAGUCACACUGCUGCAGAUGUGGGUUGUUCCUCUUUAUUUCAUCAUCAGACUUUACUGGUGAAGAUCCCUGUCCAUGUGGGGAAUGCUUUCAGUUAUUACCAGUUACAUUACUUUCAGAGCAACCUCCAAGCCUCUGUCGGGAAGAACACCACAGUUGGUCUACAAAUGGUUCCUCCUGAUCUGUAAACUGAAUUAUGCCAUUGGAAUUGUGGGUUAUCUGGCCAUAAUGUUUACCAUGUUUGGAUUGAAUUUAUUUUUUAGAAUCAAGUCUGAUGACUCCAUGGAUUUUGCUGUACUGCUUUUUUACGGACUGUACUAUGAAGUGAUGGGAAGAGACUUUGCAGAAAUUUGUUCUGACUACAUGGCUUCCACCACUGGUUUUUACAACAUCAGUGGCAUACCAACAAGAAAUUUGUCCAAUGACAUCUGUGCGGUCUGCGGGCAGAAAAUUUCUGUGGAUAUAAAUGAAGAAGGGAUCACUGAAAAUACCUACCAGCUGUCCUGUAAUCAUGUGUUUCAUUAAUCCUGCAUCCAUGGUUGGUGCAUUGUUGGCAAGAACCAGACUUGCCCAGACCACCCUGAGAAAGUUGAUUUGAAAAGGAUGUUAAGUAACCCAUACCCUCUCCCUAACAAGUGUGGGAACGCACACGUAUCGUAUGGACAACUUUUGGACUGGCUCUGCUAUCUGGUGGUUUGGCAACCGGUUGUUACAGGCAUUGUCCAACGCAUUAAUUACUCACUGGGUCUAGAAUAG